AUGUCUGACAAUACAUCUAUUCGAGUAGCAGUUAGAGUGAGGCCUCUUCUAAUAAAUGAAUUAUCGAAAGGGUCUAAAGAGAUUAUAGAGGUUAUUACUCAAAACGACCAACUUUUGGUGAAAUAUUUGGAGAAAGACACACCAUAUACAUUUGACUACGUUUUUCCAAAUACUUCCAUAGAAAAUGAUGUGUACAAUAAAUGUGUGAAACAUUUAAUUGAAAAUUUGUAUAAAGGUUACAAUGUAACAAUUUUGGCGUAUGGGCAAACUGGGUCUGGAAAAACCCAUACGAUGGGUACAAAUUAUUCCGGACAAGGCGACAUGGGUGUAAUACCAAGAGCAGUAAAUGAUAUAUUUACUUUUGUAAAAGAUAACUUUUCAUAUGAUUUUGUAAUAAAAGUAUCGUUUAUGGAAUUGUAUCAAGAGGUUUUAUAUGAUCUUCUCAGUCAAAAACCACGGGACCAGUGCGUAUUAGAUAUUCGCGAAGAUCCAACUAAAGGCAUUCAUAUUCCUAAUUUAACGGAAAUCGAAGUAACUACGGCCUCUGAAGUUUUCAAGGCCUUGGAAAGAGGUACUGCUGGCCGGGCCACCAGUGCAACGGCAAUGAACGCCCAAAGUUCCCGAAGCCAUGCAAUUUUUAGUGUGAAUAUAUCUAUGAAUCACAAAGAAGAUUGCCUGAACAACAAGCAAGCAACUCUAAACCUUGUUGAUCUUGCUGGGAGUGAGAGACCGAAAAAAACAUUGGCAACAGGCACCACCUUCAAAGAAGGAGUUACAAUAAAUAAAGGUUUAUUGGCAUUGGGUAAUGUUAUUAGUUUUCUAGGAGAUGAGAAAACCCAACAUGGGUUUGUGCCUUAUAGAGAUUCCAGCCUGACAAGGCUACUAAAAGAUUCAUUAGGUGGAAAUAGUAUUACGCUGAUGAUAGCCUGUAUUAGCCCUGCAGACUACAAUCUUGAAGAAACUGUAUCCACUUUAAGAUACGCAGAUAGAGCUAAAAAAAUAAAGAACAAGCCUGUAAUUAAUCAAGAUCCCAAAUCCGCCGAGAUCAAUUCUUUGAAAAAAACAAUACAGCAAUUAAGACUGCAAAUUAUAGGCCAAGGUGGGCCAGUAGUGGCGCCAGCUGAGCUAAGUUCCCUGCAAAAAGAAGUCGUCGAACUAAAAACCAGGAAAAGAGACCUCAGCCUUCAACUAUCGGCAGCGCUUAUGAACAAUACCGGUCUUCAUGAAAAAAUCAUAAUCCUUCAAAACUCUAACGACAUUCUAAAUGGAAAACUAUUGGCUCUUAAAGACCAUUUUGACAUCACUUUGAGUAACAUAACAAUGGGAAUCGAUACUAACAACAUGGAUUUGUUGAAGGAGAAUCUUGAUGGUCUGCAACAGGUUAAAAAUCAAUUUGAAGAAAUUAAUUUAGAACAGAAAAGGACUGAAGAGGAAAUUAAUACACAUGAUAUUAACAAACACAUAACCAAGGAUGCAGCGACCAAUGGAGAUCAAGAUGAAAUAGAAGAGCAACAAGAAUGCCACGCCGAUAGGCAAUUCAAAUUAAAUGUUCAAAUAACGGAAAUCGAACGGGAGUUAAACAUGAAGGAAAAUUUAGCAAAAGAACUGCUUAACAACAAUCAGUAUUUCAUCGAUCCACAAGCCAUGGCAGAAAACGAAAUGAAGAUUACACAAUUAGAGCGCGAAAAGGAUGAAUUGUUACAGAUCUUGAAAAACGUCGAACAUUCUGGAAAACUGUCUGAAAAUAGACGAAAACGUGUUCAAGACCUUGAGCAACAAAUAAAAGAUCUAAAGAAAAAGGUCCAAGAGCAAAACCACCUGUCGAAACUCAAAGCCAAAGCUGAAGCUCGCAUUAAAAUCCUUAAUCAAGAAAUUGUUCAGAUGAAACAAACAAAAGUAAAAUUGGUCAAGACUAUGCGAGAAGAAUCUGAUAAAUUCAGGCAAUGGAAACUCGAAAAAGAUCGUGAAUGCAUCCGAUUAAAACGGGAAGAUAUAAAGAAAUCACAUGAAAUUAACAAAAUGAAAGUCAUGCAUAACAAACAACAAACAGUGUUCAAACGAAGAGUGGAAGAAGCAGAAGCUAUCAACAAGCGAUUGAAACAUGCUUUGGCUUUAAAAAAACAAGCGCAGGAUGCGAGGAACAGUGGGAAAGCUGAACGUUUAGAACCAUGGCUCAAACAAGAAUUUAAUCUAUAUGUGAACGUUGUUGAAGCCGAAGCUACGUUGAAAGUUCUUCUCGAAGAUCGCGCCACCCUCCAAGCUCAAUUAGAUGAUAUGAAAAACACUUCUGGCGGCGAUAGUGCAGAAUGUAAAUCUAUCGAAGAAGAUUUAGAAUUAAGAAGCGUCCAAAUACAGGAUUUACAACAAAAACUUUUAGAUUCCAACGAAGAAAACCGACUGAAACUUCGUUUCGACAAAUUUCAAACUAUGUCCGAGGCGAAAUAUGGAAUAAAAUUUUUGUUCGCGAAAGCAGCAGAAAUCGUGAAAGAAAAAGUGAACAUCCAAAUGAAAUUAAGUGAACUACAGGAACUGUAUAAAGAAACUCAAGAAAAGUUGCAAGAAGCAAAGAAGAGCCGCAUAGAAGAAGUGACGACUUUACAAAAUGAAUAUGAAGAGAAGGUUGCACAUCUAUUGAAGCAAAUUUCUGAAAUGAAAGAGGAAGAAUGGAUUUUACAAAUCGAAGAACUGAAAGAAGCUAAACGACUGCUUGAAGAAAAGUUGGAAAGGGCUAUGGAAAAGCAGGAAAACGUGGAGGUACCACAAAUACAAGCUGUUUCAUUAGACACAAGUGCGGUGCCAAACAACAAAGACAUUCUGCAAUUGCCCCAAAUACAAGGAGUUCUAUUAUCACCACAACCUCGUCGUCAAAACAGCAAAAAAAAUCUAGAUUCAGAAAAUAUUGCGAUAAAUGAAAGUCUUGAAGAUUCCAUAGUCGAAACAGAUGAUAUUGAAAACGACCCAGAUUGGAGGAAAACACCCUUGGGAAAGAGAAUUCUUGAAGAAAGGCGAAAAUUCAGCCGUGUCGCAUUAGAUUUCAAUGAUGACAAACCCAGUAAAAGAUCAUCAGAUGGAGGAUGCACCUGCAAAACCAAAUGUUUAGCGCGUUGUAGUUGUAGAAAAAUGGGCAGGAAGUGUUCAGCAGCUACGUGUAAAUGUAAGGAGGGAGUCUGCGAAAACUAUGAAGAGAUUCCAAAUGAAGCAGCUAAAAUUGAUGAAUUCAAAAAACCAAGCUGUGUCACGGAUGGAGAAGCGCCCCGAAAACGGACCAAGAAGGCCAGGCAUUUGUUCACCUUAAGAGAUGACUGA